UUUGCUCUGUAAAGACGAACUCUUGAGUCUCUUUACUUCCGAAAUUUAUAGCGACAUCAAAGUCUAAAUUGAUUGAUAACAAGUAGUGAUGUUGACGUUGUUAUUUGAUAUCCAUUCAUAUUCAAUAAUAUAACCAUUUACCUGCACCAAAUUAGUGAUUUCUCUUUAUUUAUGUGACGUGUCUUCAUCAAAAUUUAAAACCCACCCGGAGGACUAUCUUCGCGGGGGUAUAGUUUGAUGUGAAGAAAUAGAAAAUUCUUAAAAGUGAAUACUAAAAAAUUACCAGGAAUUAUUUUGAAGAAAAUUUACCAUGGCUCUACUGUCAAAUCACCAGGGAAUGUAUCAAUCUUCGUCAUCAGAAAUGUUAACUUCAGCUUAUCCAACUCCCGGAAGAUCAUAUGAUCCUCUUUAUCCGUCACCCUAUAAUUCACCCAAUUACGAAACUUUGCCAAAUAACUACAGAGAUCAUCAUUACGUUGCUGAUGUUGGAAUAACCCCUCAAAGAAAUCUAAAGAGUGGUGAUAAUUAUACUAUUCCUUGUCAAGACUAUGCGAAGACUCCUGAAGAAUAUGAUCGAGAAUCUUAUGGAGUUUUGACUCCAUUAACACCACAAAGGUUUAUAGUUCAUGGACCUGUAGAUCAUUUAGCAUCACCUCGAUCAACUCUAUACGAUGAAACUUCUGUAGACUGCCAUCAAGUGCCUGUUUAUUGCUAUGAAACUCCACCACAAGAGCCGAGAUAUUUAAUUGAAAGCGAUGAGUGUCAAAAAAAUAUUGCAAGUACUCCAAAAGGGUACUGGGAACCAGUUGCGAACAUGCAGACUCAAGUCUCACCAACAACCAGUCCCCGCAGAGGAAGACGAAGAUCUCGUGACGUACCACCAUCACCAAGUAUUCUGAAGCGAAGACGAUUAGCUGCAAAUGCCCGAGAAAGAAGAAGGAUGAAUGGACUUAACGAUGCCUUUGAUAAACUACGUGAAGUCGUGCCUAAUUUAGGAGCUGAUCAUAAACUUAGUAAAUUCGAAACCCUUCAAAUGGCUCAGGCUUACAUUACAUCUCUAUGUGAACUUCUUGAGCAGCAUGAUAGUAAAAAUUAA